AUGUGUCGUAUUAAACUGAAUAUUUCUGAAACGGUUAACAAUGGUAAAUGCGUAAAUGAUGGUGCUGGAAAAGCAUUAAUUCAUUGUUAUUAUGAUCCUCAAUCAACGUCAAAACUAUUACUAACGCACGUUAACUGGACACAACUAGAUUAUCUCAGGGCUGAUGAAUUUUAUUAUGCAAGUAACUGGACAGCUCAAGGUGGAUACUAUAUUAAUCUUCUCUCAUUAAAAACAACUAGCACAUCGACAACUACCACUACAACUGCUACCACAUUAACUUCAACAACAACAGCUCCUGUGACCAGUACAACUACGACCACGUCAACUUCAACAACAACUACAACACCUCCUGUGACCAGUACAACUGCUACCACAUCGACUUCAACAACAACAACAACAGCUCCUGUGACCACUACAACUACUACUACGUCUACUUCAACAACAACAACAACACCUAUUGUGACUAGUACAUUGACGAUGACUACAAAACAUCAAAUAAUUACAACAUCAUCAAUCAUACUUUCAGAUACAGGUACAACAUUUUUUAAAUCCAAAGAUACUACCCGAAAACUUGAAAUAACAACAAAACCAUUGAUAACACUUUCAAAUAAAGAUACAACAUUUCCUAAAUUCAUAGAUACCGCCACAUCAUUUAUAGCAAUAACAGAACUAUCCAUGGCUACUUCUGCAACAAUUUUAGGAAAACCAUCAAACAAAUCGCGAUUGCCAAUAACAUCUCUCAAUAAUCAACAUUCUUCCAACAAAACCUCUAAAUCUUCGAGUAAAUCAUUUUUAGUAUUAUCAACUAUUAUUUUACUGUGCAUCGUUGGACUCGUAUCAUUUGUAAUAUUUCAUUUUUAUGGAAAUCGACAAAAUAAGGAUGAAUCAUUUUUGCAACACAAUAAUAGUGAUGAGUCCAUGAAUUCUGAAAUGAAUGAAUCUGAAACAGAUCUAUCAACAGAAUAUACUAUGCCGGUCCAGACACAGUUGAAGUUAUCUAACAUAGAACCAAGUCGAAAAGGUGGACGUGUAUUUAGUCAACUCGAUCCAGAUGCAUAG